AACAAGCGAGCAAGCAUGAUGCAAUUUUAUUCACAAAGCAUCAUCCGCCGUUUUGUGUCCAUCGGUAAGCAUACCUGCGUGUGCGUUUUACGAAAUAAAUCCGGCAUGGAGGAAAAAGGUGCUGCAUCGCUAGAAACAACCAUCGCCAACAGGAACCUCUCGUUAAAAACACCAAAAGGAACACGAGAUUACGGCCCAAAAGCGACCGCCAUUCGUCAACGGCUGCUGGACCGCGUGGUUCGCGUGUUCCGUAAACACGGCGCAGUAACAAUUGACACCCCUGUAUUCGAGCGGAAAGAAGUGCUGACCGGCAAGUACGGUAACGAUUCGAAACUUAUCUACGAUCUAAAAGAUCAGGGCGGUGAAUUGCUGGCGUUACGGUACGAUCUCACCGUCCCGUUUGCCCGGUACGUUAGUAUGAAUAACAUUUCCAGCAUCAAACGUUACCACAUUGCAAAGGUGUACCGGCGAGAUAAUCCGCAGAUAACGGCCGGUCGCUACCGGGAGUUCUAUCAGUGUGACUUUGAUAUCGCCGGUACGUACGAUCCGAUGCUACCGGAUGCGGAGUGUGUAAAGGUAGUAUGCGAAAUUCUCGCCGAAGCCGGUGCGGGAGAGUUUGUGAUCCGACUCAACCAUCGGAAGCUGUUGGAUGGAAUGUUCGCUAUGUGCGGAGUACCGGCAGAAAAGUACCGCAGCGUGUGCUCUUCCAUCGACAAACUGGACAAAACAACGUGGGAUGACGUGCGACGAGAGUUGAUUGAGCAAAAGGGUCUGGAUGGGAUAACGGUUGAUCGGAUCACACCGUACGUAACGCUGCAUGGUGGCCUGGAGCUGUUAAAACAACUCACAGAGGACGAACAACUGAAGGGAAGUCAAACUGCAUGCGAGGCUCUGGAUGAUUUUCGACUUCUAUUCCAAUACUGUGAGAUCUUUAACGUCUCAAACCUGCUAACGUUGGAUCUCAGCUUGGCUCGUGGACUCGACUACUACACGGGUGUGAUAUACGAGGCGAUACUGCUCGACAACGAUAAGCAAACUUCAGUGGGAUCGGUGGCCGGUGGUGGACGGUACGACAACUUGGUGGGAAUGUUUAAUCCCAAGCGAAAGCAGCAAGUCCCCUGUGUUGGAGUGUCGAUCGGGGUAGAGCGUUUGUUUUCCGUGCUCGAAACACGUUCCAUUAACCGGAUUCGCACCAACGAAACGGAGGUAUUUGUAGCAUCGGCUCACAAAGGAUUGCAUCUGAAACGGUUAGAAAUACUUAACCAACUAUGGUCCGCGGGUUUUAAGGCAGAACAUUCGUACAAGCUGAAUCCAAAACUACUUGCCCAGCUUCAACACUGCGAGGAUUAUCAGAUCCCAAACGCCAUUAUCCUGGGGGAGAGCGAGUUGAACCGUGGUAUCGUAAAGGUUCGUAGAAUUUCCUCCCGAAAGGAGGUUGAAGUAACGCUGGACAGGCUUGUUGAGGAGCUUCGCUGCCGACUAUCAACCGAACUGUAG